AUGGAACUUCAGGGCGAGUUUCCUCGUGCUCUUGCAAAUUGCUCAGCAUUAAUCGGCCUAGAUCUCUCCAACAAUAAUAAUCUUUACGGUCAUAUCCCUUCUGAUAUUUCGACAAUUCUUCAGUUUGUCACGAGUCUUGACCUCUCCUUCAACAAUUUCAACGGUUCUAUUCCGGAGGAUCUUUCGAAUUGUACCUACCUCAACACUCUAAACCUCGCUAACAACAAAUUCUCUGGACAGAUUCCUCUACAACUUGGCUCUUUGUAUCGAAUCAAGAAAUUUAGUGUAGCUAACAAUUUCUUGACCGGUCGGAUCCCAAAUAUGAGCAACGCAACCUCAGAGAGUUACAAGAAUAAUAGUGGGCUUUGUGGUGUUCCUUUACCACACUGUCGGGCGAAGUUGAAGAUUUUAGAAGAUGAUCACUUCAUUACUGGCUUUGUUGUCGGAAUGAUUAGUUCAGGAAUAAGCGUGACUGUGUCGUGA